CCUCCUUCUCGCCGUGCUCCUCAGUCCGCACCUCUCCCCGCCGCCCGUGUCGCCCGCGCCUCCAAAUCCACUUCCAAACGCAAAUCCAACCAAACCAUCCCCGAAUCCUGCCCAAAUUUCCUCAAAACGCGUCAAACCCCACCCCUUCCGCCCGAAUUCAUUUCGAAUCAGACUGACGCGACCACCCAUCUGGGCUCUGGCCGCCUCGGCCCCCAUCGCCUCCCUCCCAUGGCGUUUCACGUCGCGUGCCCCAUCACUUGCAGGAGGGUGUGCGACUGCGAGCUAGGGUUCGGCGCGUCGGCGUCGAGGAAGGGAGGAGGUGGCGCGUUGGCGGCGGUAUGGGCGGGCACGGCGGCGGCUCUCGAGGAUUUUCUCGCGGAUCCGUGGUUGCUGCGGCCGGCAGGGGCCGUUGACGCGGAUGCGGCGACGGUGCAGGUGGAGGUGCCGCCCCUUGAGCCGGCCCCUGAGGAUGGGGAGGACGAGGCCCGCCGGGCGGCAGCGCAGCGCGGCGCCGCCGCGGCAGAGGACCUCGCCAGGCGCUUCGAGAGCGGCGCCUACGGAUCGCCGGUCAGCUGAUCUCUCUCUCUCCCUCUCUUCGCGCUUGUGCUGGCUAGUGUGUUUGCUGCCCUGUGUUCGUGGGAGAAUUUCAAGCUUGUUAUGUGCCUAGCGUGUCUUGUCUUCGUUCUGGAUUAUGUGGUUGUGGGCUGCUCGUGGCGUUUUGCUAUGAAAUACUUGGAAUUCUGGGCUGGGACGAAGGAAUCUGAUUUAUGCAUGCUGUAGAAGUUUGCAUGCUUUUAUUUUGAGGCUUAUAGGAGUGCAGUCGAUGAAAGACUGUUCCUUUUGGGAAUUCUGAGGCAUCCUAGCACUGGGACUCUGUUGGCGCUCACAUCCACGUCACUGAGCAUCAGUGGGUACACACCGCCAUGACAUUGAUAAUGCUGUUUACAGGAGGCAGAAGGAGAUGAAGACGAGUGGGAUCGAGAGGAUCAAGGAAAUGCUGCUGUCAAGGUUAUGUGCCGUUUAUGCUUUUCAGGAGAAAAUGAGGGCAGCACGAAAGCUGCCAAAAUGCUUCCUUGCAAACUCUGCAGCAAACGAUAUCAUAGAAACUGUUUGAAAAGCUGGGGAGAACAUAGAGACCUUUUCCACUGGAGCUCAUGGGUCUGUCCUUCUUGCCGCAGUUGUGAGGUGUGCCGACGUCCUGGCGACCCCAACAAGUUGAUGUUCUGUAAAAGGUGUGAUGACCCUUAUCACUGUUAUUGUCAGCAACCAUCGCACAAGAAUGUUACCCAUGGGCCAUAUUUAUGUCCAAAACAUACAAGGUGCCACAGCUGUGGAUCUGGUGUGCCUGGUAGUGGCCAUAGCACAAGGUGGUUUUUGGGGUACACAUGCUGUGAUGCGUGUGGACGAUUGUUUGUGAAAGGAAAUUACUGUCCAGUUUGCUUGAAGGUUUAUAGAGACUCUGAAGUGAUACCUAUGGUUUGCUGCGAUGUUUGUGAAAAGUGGGUGCAUAUUGAGUGUGAUGGCAUCAGUGAGGAAAAGUACCAACAAUUCCAAGCUGAUCAAAACCUUCAGUAUACAUGUGCAGCAUGCCGUGGCGAAUGCUCCCAGAUCAGGGACACUGAGGAUGCAAUCCGGGAGCUUUGGAAGAGGAGGGAUGUUGCUGAUCAUGAGCUCAUGAUUACUUUGCGGGCUGCUGCUAAACUGCCUUCUCUUGAAGAUGUGUCACCGCUUUAUCCAAACUCGGAUGAUGAGAAACUUGGUGCAUACGUAUUGAAAAGUGAGAGUAGAAAUACACUAAAAUUUUCAUUAAAAAGUAACAGUAGUAAGCCUCCACCGGAUACACCUGAGCAAGAGAAGGUUGUUUUUAAGAGCUCUGGAUCAAAUAAAAAGCCUUCCAAAAAGAAAGGUGGUCAGGGUAAUAAAACAAAUGAUGGCCAUGAUGAAAUAUUUCUGGAGAGGAGGCAUGAUGUUAAAUCAUCAAAUAGCCGUUUGGGAGAUCAAAGUAUAGAUGGCAAUCAUGAUAUGAGCCCUUUUAAGAAUGAUGAUAAUGCCUAUAUUUCAUCUUCAACUCGAAGUUCAGAAAAGAAUUUGAAAUCUCCAUCCAUGAAAGCUGUGACAAACAAUGCUGAUAUGAUACCCAAAGUCAAGAUUAAAGGCAGUAAGGUUUCGAGUUUGCAUUACAAAGAUGGUGAAGAAAAUACUUCCAAGGCUGACACUGGAAAAGCUACCAAGUUGGUUAUCCAUCUUGGUUCACGGCAUAAAACUAGGAGUGGCUCUCCUAAGUCGGAGCUGUCCAAUUAUCAAAGAGAGCAAGAUUUAGGAUCAAUACAUGGACGGAAAUUAGAUGUCACAAGCCAGCUGAAAGGUUCAAGAAGCGAGGUAAAAGAGAGAAGUGUAAUGAAGUUAGUUAGAGAGACUGGGGUACAACAAAGAAAUAGCCUUUUGGGUGAUCUUGGUACCUCAAAAAAGCAUGCAACUGGGAAAAGGAGCAAUGCUCUAAUUUCUGGAAUGGAGAAUGGAAAUGAAACUGGUACUAGAAACCGGCCAUUUGCACAGAAACAAUCUCAUUCUAGUCAGGUGGACGAGAACCAGGGAACUGCUGACUCUCCUGAUAACUUGAAGCCAUCAUUGCUCAAACUCAAGUUUAAGCGUCCACAUUAUGAGCAGCUAAACACCCAGGCCUCUCAACCAGAGGAGCCGACCUCCUGGGUUUCUCAGCAAGAAGACCAGUUCAAUGUUGCUAAAGGCCAGAGAUCAAAGAGGAAGAGGCCUUCGAUGGAGAAGGCAGAUGGUUUGGAUGGUACGACUCCAGCCAAGAGGCAUCAUCAGAGCACUGAUGAUGAAGUGAUGGACGCAAAUUGGAUCCUACGCAAGUUGGGCAAGGAUGCUAUCGGAAAGAGGAUUGAAGUCCAUCUAACUUCUGAUGGCAAAUGCAUUCAUCUUGGCAGGCAUCAAGGGAUGGUGUCGAAUGUCAUGGGUGGCACACUGUGUAUUCAGUUAGACAAUGGCAGGUCUGAGAACGUGGAGCUGGGGAAGCAGGCCAUCCGCUUGAUUGCUUCAAGAUCAAAGGGCCGGAAGCGAUGAAACCUUUUUCCCCAUGUGCAGCUUAGGACCUGUUCUCGCUCAACCCAUUGCCGUGAUUAUGGCAGGUAGAGUUCUCCCCUUGAGGUUUGACAUCCGCUGAAGCACAGCAGUGACCACCUGCUGUUCAUGUGGGGAAACGCGCUGCCUCUCAGCCUUUGCUGCUGACUGGACGAGAUACCGAGCGCAACGUCAUCUGUUGCGCCAUGUUUCGCUAGCCUAGCGUGUAACAGACUUUGUUGCCGGAAGCCCAUUUGCUUUCCAUUAGAAUCUGCUAGGGUAGGGAAACCGAGGAGGUUUUAGAUUACCUUGGAUGUAAAAGAAGCAGGUAACGCCGCUGUAUCUGGGGUGUUUUGUACAUGUGGUUUUCGGACGAGUUUCUGAACAACUCGUUAUUGACUUAUUUGGUGGCGUUAUUUGCUGGCCACUGGCCGGGAUUUUGUUGUCUUGUUACAUAUACUGACAGUAAUAAUUUGUCUACAUA